AAGCCCUUCCUUCCUCCCUAACAGCUCAGGAGCUGUGCUGCUGCAGCUUGCCCUGCUCAGGGCUGGCUGGGUCACAGAGAGGCAGCUCUACCCAGCGUUUCUGUCCUCCCAAAGUGCUCAUUUUAGGGCUUACCUGCUCCAGGUGUCAGCAGUUUGGCUUUUGGCCCAGGCAGGAGGCUGCCACCCUCCUGCAGGGGCUUCUCAAGCCCAUCUGUCCCUGGGGACAACCACCUCGAGGGCUCUGGUGGAGCAGUUGGGUUCCCCAAACCCCUCUUGCUUCCUUCUUCAGCAGGGCAGCAACCCACUCAGCCCCACCGUGCUCAUUUAGCACCCUCCUCCUUUUCCCCAGUGAUGUUUCCCUCUCGUUUCCACCUCAAGCGGGUAGUUGGGACCAGGACUGCCUUGCAGCCUUGGGUUGCUCCUCUCCACACGCAGCCCCUGACACCAGGCUGUCACGGGCAUGCACCCACGGAGGGGCUGUGCAGCCCCAUCCCUUCCCUGGGGUCACUUAUGACCCCCUCCCUCCCCAGCCAUCCUCUGUGCCAUCUUGCUCCCCAUCUUUCCCAGCCCCAUCAUUCCCCAGCGAGUCUCUACCCAGCAGGGGCACAGCCUGGCACUGGGAUGCCCCCAGCCCCCCUGAGAUGCAUCCCACCCUGCUGGACCACUCUGUCCCCGCUCGGGGCUGGGAGGAGAACUGGGUCAGCGACGUAACCAUGGAGAUGCUGAAGCAGCUCCAGCACAGCUCCGCUCUCCAGAACCUUUUAAAGACUAACCCGCCCCGGCACCCUCCGUCGCCUCCAGCCGGGGCUGGGGCUGGGGGGCUGAGCCUCCUCGGCGGGCAAAGCGAGGUGGGCACUGCCCAGUCCUCCUCCCUCAGCACCGGCCGCUGAUCCCAGGCGGCAGAGCCGGGGCCGAGGAGCUGCUGACCAUGCUGAACGGGGAGGCAGGCUCCUCGGCGGGCAGGAAUGUCAUCCGCAGCUCCAGCAUCAGCGGCGAGAUGUACAGCCUGGAGAAGAGCGCCCGCGGCAGCGCCGACUCCGUCGCCCUCGGCGCCAGCAAGAAGCGGCGCUCCAGCCUGGGUGCCAAGAUGGUAGCCAUCGUGGGCUUGUCCCAGUGGAGCAGGAGCACCUUGCAGCUCAACCAGACCGAGGGCGGCCCCAAAAAGCUGCGCAGCACCAUCCGGCGGAGCACAGAGACUGGCAUCGCGGUGGAGAUGAGGACCAGGGUGACUCGGCAGGGCAGCCGCGAGUCCACCGACGGCAGCACCAACAGCAACAGCUCCGACGGCACGUUCAUCUUCCCCACCACCCGGCUGGGGCCUGAGAGCCAAUUCAGUGACUUCCUGGACGGGCUGGGGCCAGGCCAGUUGGUUGGGAGGCAGACCUUGGCCACCCCUCCCAUGGGUGAUGUCCACGUGGGCAUGGCUGAGCGGAACGGGCAGCUGGAGGUGGAGGUGAUCCAGGCCAGGGGACUGAUCCCAAAGAUGGGUUCCAAGUACAUCCCUGCCACCUACGUCAAAGUCUACCUGCUGGAGAACGGCGUCUGCCUGGCCAAGAAGAAGACCAAGGUGGUGAAGAAAACCUGUGACCCCUCCUACCAGCAGCCUCUGCUCUUCGAGGAGAGUCCCCAGGGCAAAGUCCUGCAGGUGAUUGUCUGGGGGGACUAUGGGCGCAUGGACCACAAAUGCUUCAUGGGCAUGGCCCAGAUCGUGCUGGAGGAGCUGGACCUGUCCAGCACCGUGGCUGGGUGGUACAAACUCUUCCCCACCUCCUCGCUGGCCGACUCCAGCAUCGGACCUCUGACUCGCCGCCUCUCCCAGUCCUCCCUGGAGAGCUCCACCAGCCCUUCCUGCCCCUAGGCAGCUUGGUGGGAGAGGCCUGGAGGGGCAAGGAGACAUCCUGACCUCCCACAACUGCUCGUGGAUGGUUGUAAAUAUCCCAUUUUUGGUUGGUUGCUUUUUUCCCCCCUUCUUCCCACUCGGUUUUGUUCUCCGAUCUCCUUCCCGAAGCAAACCUGCUCUCCACCUGCUCCUCCCCGAGGAGCAAGGGCCCAGGAGCUCUGAGACAGGAGGAAGGAGAAGCAAGAAACCCUCCCCCCAGAGUGAGGCAGACCAGGGGCUGCGACUGCCAACCCACCCCAAGACUGUUAGCGCAGCUCACCCCAGCGUCCCGGCAGCGAGGAACCACCAAGCUUCUCUCCUGAGGUCUGGCAGCAUCUUCAGCUGAGUCACCCAACACUGCUGCAAGCAACACCUCCAGCAGGUUCCUUCUCCUCCCACUCCACUUGGUUUCCUUGCUUCUCCUGACCACCUGGGGUAGGAGCAUCUUGUCCUGAUCACUCCAAGCACUGCUGGAAGCAACACCUUGAGAUUUCUUCUUCCAGUUGGUUUCCUUCCCUCUCCUCAUCACCUGGAUGCUCCUGCCCUGAUCGGUCCAAGCACCACUGGAAGCAACACCUUGAGGAGGUUUCUUCUUCCAGUUGGUUUCCUUCCCUCUCCUCAUCACCUGGAUGCUCCUGCCCUGAUCGGUCCAGGCACCACUGGAAGCAACACCUUGAGGAGGUUUCUUCUCCCAGUUGGCUUCCUUCCCUCUCCUCAUCACCUGGGGCAGGAACACCCUGCCCUGAUCACUUCAAGCACUGAUGGAAGCAACACCUUGAGGAGGUUUCUUCUUCCAGUUGGUUCCCUUCCUUCUCCUGACCAUCUGGAUGCUCCUGCCCUGAUCACUCUGAGCACCACUGGAAGCAACACCUUGAGGAGGUUUCUUCUUCCUCCAGUUGGUUUCCUUCCUUCUUCUGACCACCUGGAUGCUCCUGCCCUGAUCACUCCGAGCACCACUGGAAGCAACACCUUGAGGAGGUUUCUUCUUCCUCCAGUUGGUUUCCUUUCUUCUUCUGACCACCUGGAUGCUCCUGCCCUGAUCACUCCGAGCACCACUGGAAGCAACACCUCGAGGAGGUUUCUUCUCCUUCCAGUUGAUUUCUUUGCCUCUGAGGGAAAGGCAAAGCUCUUCAAACAGAAACCUCAGAAGAGAGCAACCCAACUUAACCCAACUCAAUCCAACCCAACCCAACCCAACUCAACCUGACUCAACCCAACUCACCCCAACCCAACUCAAGUCAACCCAACCUGACUCAACCCAACACAACCCAACUCAAUGCAACUCAACUCAACCCUACACAACUCAACCCAUCCCAACCCAACUCAACCCAACUCAACUCAACCCAACCCAACCCUCUUUUUGGUUGCCCAGGAAUGUAGCAUCUUCUCUUAUGUAGCUUUGCCUCGUGCUAACAACACUCACUCUGCAAUACCCAACAGACUCCGGCUUGCCCGGGACCAUCUGCCAGGCACUUCCCGUUGGUUCCUUUCCUGACACAGCUCCUGCAGCUCUUCUGGUGGUCAUUUUUGGGUGGUUGGUUGUGGUUUGGGUUUUU